CUCGUGUCUCGACAUACUAAUCGCCCCAUCAGGAAUAACCGUAUACACAUUACUGUAUCAUUACACGGUGGACACAAAGCACCAGCCGUCACAUUGAUCACGGCCGCCAUUGAGUGUCGGGCCUCAUGAGUGAGAUGGAAUGUGAUACCGGGGGGAAUGGAUCUGUUCCUGAUACUGACCACACGGGGUCAGUGACCUAUAGCCCAUCGGAGGCUGAAGAGGAGGAGGGCAGGACUAGGCUGCAGGGAUCUAGCGGCUGUUCGCAAAGAUGGUUGUUGGCACUCAUGGGGUGUUUCGGGGGAAUCAUGGUAGAAUCCGGCAGGGCUGGUCUCAGCGUGGCUAUUGUCUGCAUGGUCAACGACACCGACAGCAACUACAGCGACCCAGCUAACAGUUCGUCCUUAUCUACUGAGCAUGAUGAAUUCUAUUGGUCCAAGGCGGAACAGUCUGGAAUGCUCAGCGCCUAUUUCUAUGGUUACAUGGUAAUACAAAUCCCAGGGGGCUGGUUGGCUGGAAGACAUGGCGGGAAAAACGUCAUGUUUAUCGGGAUGCUGAUUGGCUCGAUCGCUUCUCUGCUUCUUCCAAUCGGAGCCCGGACUUCGAAAUAUCUUGUGUAUGUCCUACGUGGGCUUGUUGGCAUUUCACAGGGCGUUUACUUAUUCUCCAUGCACACAAUGUGGGGGAAGUGGGCGCCGCCAUUAGAGAGGACAAAACUGUUAGCUGUUGCCUAUGCAGGUCCUAAGAUCGGGAGUAUUGCAGUCUUCGCCAUGUCUGGGUAUCUGUGCAAGUACGGUUUCGACAAUGGAUGGGCGUCCAUGUUCUAUUUAUCAGGUGGUAUAUCGGUGAUAUGGUGUGGGGUGUGGUACUACACGGUCGCCAGCACCCCGUCUCAACAUCCUUGGAUCUCUCAGCAGGAGAAGAACUACAUCACAAGGAGUAUUGGAGAGACCAAGGCGAGUUACCCGACGCCAUGGGGCGCCAUGUUGAUGUCUCCGGCCACGUGGGUGUGUGUCAUCGGACACGUGUGUUUCAACUGGAUAGCAUACACAUUAACCACAAACACUCCUCUGUUUCUUAAAGAAGUGAUGAACUUUGAUAUAACUGAGAACGGCCUUCUGUCUUCCAUGACCUUUGCCAGCCAGGCCGUUUCCGCAGUGUUGACUGGUCAGUUGGCCGAUUACUUCCGGUCAAAGAAAUAUCUCAGCACCACGGCAACUCGGAGGUUAUUCCAAAGUAUUGCGUUUCUUGGAGCAGGUGUAUGUCUGUUAGGGACAGGGUUCGUGGACGCCGAACACCGCUACGUCGCCAUAGCUCUGCUGACAAUAGCCAUGUGGUUUAUGGGGGUUUCAACGGCCGGGUACCUCGUCAACUUUGUCGAUUUCGCUCCAAGACAUGCUGGUAUCCUCGUGGGUAUUUCUAACACAAUCGCCAGCUUACCAGGGAUGGUAGCGCCGCUUCUGGCAGGUGCCCUCACACCUCAUAAAAGCCAGGAGGAAUGGCGGAACGUAUUUUACGUGUGUGCGGGAUUCUGCGUCCUGGGAAUCGUGGUGUUCGGAACCCAGGCCCGGGGGGAGCUGCAGUACUGGGCCGUGGACCAGGUGGAGAUGGAAGUUGUGGAGGAGCAACGGGUGUCGAUGUUUGAAAAAGUCCCCGAUUUCCAAGACGCCAGUUUGGACGCAUUCAAAUACGUCAUUUCAUCUGACAAGCAGACAAAGGUGCCUGAUGACGUUUUGGGUAAUAAUACACCCGCCAUUGCUCCAGACAAGGAAACGGAUAUCGUGGCCAACAGUGACACUUCCACUGUAUGACAGGUGGUGAUGGCAACUCAUUCAACUUUUAUACUCAGGAUCAUCAAGAUGCGACAUCCAUAUGCACGAAGCAAUUGCACUGUGUCCUCCGCUGGAGAUACAAAGUGGCGCUUCCCUCUCUCAAAGGAGGAGCAGCACAAACCUUUUCGUAAAUGUUUAUCAUUAUGCAAAAACUGAAUUUUACAUGCAUAAGGUCAAGUAGUCUUUAAAUAUAUUAUUUAUCUAUAAGUCCAACAUCUUCGGAAGAUGACGUAUCUGGGCCUCAGAGAAUUAUACCAAUUGGUGUUUACUGCAUGUUUGUUUGUUUGUUGUUUAACGCCGCACUCAGCAAUAUUCCAGCUAUAAGACGGCGGUCUGUAAAUGAUCGACGAUCCAGUGAUUGAUAGCAUGAGCAUGGGAUACGAUGACAUGCAUCAAUGAAGUCAGCGAGCCUGACCACCCUAUCCCGUUAGUCGACUCUAAAGCCAAGCCUGGGUUGUUGAAGACCAAUUCUAACCCGGAUAUUCACGGGUCAUUUACUUCAUGUGACUUUGCAGACAUAAAACAACACUUCUUUACCCUGGGUAAAUAUCUGCUCCCCGAUCGCUUCAUCCUGUUGUUGCCAUGCAAAGUUGCAUCCUCACGAACACCUAUAUAAGUGUCUUUCACCCUUUGGGGAUUCAGGUUAGAAUAGGCCCCAAGCAACCUUUGCUGGCCAUGAGCGACCAAGUGGAUCACAGUUGAUCUUGUAUCUGGUAUCAUGUAGUGUAAAUCAAUGUCUGUAAUAGAAGAUAUCGUCGAUAUCGAUCAUCCCUUGGGACAAACUUAUUUUUAACGUCCUGUACUUUUGGUGUGGCAGGUACCACAUAGUACUGCACAUCUGAACACUUGACACUUUAUUGCAAACAGGACAACAAUGGACAUGUUUCUUAAUGAAGGUACUACAUGGUGAAUUCAAUAUUAAAGUGGCAAUCAUAAGUGUUAAUUGCUGCCUGGCAUCUCCAGAACAUGGACCAAACGAGAGUACUGAUCUCUCGAGUUGGGAUUUGUUGGCCCGUUGGUGCUAUUGUGCAUGUGAAGAUGUAGCAGUGUCUGUAGUUAAGGGCGAGACUGUCGUACAUUAAGUUCUUCAUCGCUGGCUAGGCCAUGCUCAACGUGCUUGACACCACAAAUGUGGCAGUUGACGUUGUUAGUGUGUCCAAACAACAACAGGCUAUCUGACUCUGAGACCUGCAUUACGAAGGCGCUCCACACUGUCUCACUAGAAUGAAUGAAUGAUCUUUAGUUCCUCCAAUAAUUUCGGAGAGCCACAUCAAUUUGUAAUCACAACAUACUUACAAGGACAUUGCGCAGAGAAAUUGACAAUACUGAAUAUUAUACAUGUCUUGGUCCUGGUAUGAGACAUACUGUCAACGACCCGUGAAGAUCCGGGGUAGAAUAGGUCUUCAGCAAUCCAUGCUUGCCGAAAAAUGCGACUAUGCUUGUCGUAAAAGGCGACUAACGGGAUCGAGUGGUCAGGCU